AUGGACAACAUACACGCUCCAACCGUGCCCUCGGGCCCAGCCAGCAAUACGUCGAGGAACGGUGACCUUGGUCGCCUCUCUUUUGCCGAGCUACAGAACAAGAAAGAAAACAUGGAGGCUGAAUUGAAAGCUUUGGGUGCAGUCCUCGACUCUCACGGGGUUGACAUGAACACACCUCUCACAACUCAAGACGGCUUUCCAAGAGCCGAUCUCGAUAUUGCUCAAGUGCGUACUACCAGAGCCCGCAUCAUCCACCUCCGCAAUGACUACAAGGAGCUCAUGGCCAUGGUUGAGAAACAACUCCAUGAGCACUUUGCCAGCUUGCAAGAAGAGGAGAAACCCGAGGUUCCGCUCUCCGGGGGUGCCAACAACACCCUAGCAGAUCAUUCAGCAUCUCAGCCGCUGGAGGAGCCAUUCGCAAAGGUCAACGCUGUGGUUCCGGGAAGCCCAGCUGAGUUAGCUGGCCUAAAGCCGAAUGACCAAAUUCGCAUAUUUGGCUACGUCAACAGCUCAAACCACGACAAUCUCAAGAAGGUGGCCGAAUGCGUGCAAGGGAAUGAAGGUGAUAUCUCGACCCAGCCAAGGGGCGCGGGAGGAGCUGCACGUAACACUCACUCCGAGACGUAA